UGUGUGUAAGUUGUCUCCACCAGGAAGUGUAGGCUGGAUCGUCGAAGCCUACACGAGAAAUGGCUUACGGUGGGUACGAGGCGUUGUUUGUCGAGUCUCUCGACAAGGACUACGAAUGUCCCAUUUGCCGACUGGCGUUGAGAGAUCCCGUACAGACGCCGUGCGGACACACUUACUGCAGCACGUGCUUUCACCGAGCCACCACAGAUGUACAACAUAGACGUCAAGACGAGAGAGAAGGACAAGAAAAUGAACAUAGUGAUGAAGAGGAAGAAGAAAGUGAAGACGAAUUCGAAGAAUUGGAAGUAGAUGAACUAGACGAAGAGGAAGAGAGACUGUGUUGUCCCAUUUGUAAGCAAAUGAUGCAUCCAGAUAAGGUAUUUGACGAUGCUAGACUGAAAAGGAAAGUUUUAUCUCUUAAAGUCCAUUGCACUAACAAAAAGUUAUUGACAUCUGAUGAUGAAUCGGUUUGCAACUGGACUGGCGAGUUAGUAUAUUAUCAGAAUCAUUUGGGCUGUUGUGACUACGAAAUAGUUUCAUGCACAAAUGACUGUGGAGACCAAUGUCAGCGAGUUAAGCUCGAGAACCAUUUGCUUCAUACAUGUGUUCGUCGUACUAUUUCGUGCUCUCAUUGCAAACUUAAAAUGGAGCAGAGAGAACUACGGACUCACUUGACCGUCUGUCCAAAAUUUCCCUUACCAUGUGAGCUAGCCUGCGGACUCAACAUUCACAGAGAAAACAUGCGGCAGCAUAUUUCCAAGAGUGGAGAAUGUGCCAACACAGUUCUUCCAUGUCAUUUCAAGAAUGUUGGAUGUAUUGUCACGUACAAGAGAUGUGAGCAGGAUGAACACCUGGGCAGCAGCGUAUUGCAGCAUCAGAAGAUGCAGCAUGAUGCAAUGACACAGCAGCAACAGAUCAUGCAGCGUAUGGCAACUCAGCUGCAAUCGGUAACAGAGCAACUCUCUCGAUUGACAACUGUAAACGUGGAGCUAAGGGAGAAGCUAACGCAAAAGGAUAACGCAAUGAGGUCACUUCAAUUAUCAGUGUGGCAAGUACAGCUAACUUCCGAGACACCAAUCUUGUCGACGUGUGGUCAUGCUAUGGUAAGAGUUAAUAUCAAAGAACAUGAUUGGUACGAAAGUCCACCAUUCCAUGCCCACAAGUCUGGCUACAUGGCCACAAUGAUUGUUUAUCACACUGACUAUGGAAGCGCAAGGAGUAGACAGAAGAAGAUGUGUGUUGCGUUGUGUCUGGCAAAGAGCAAGAAUGACGAGCGCUUAGAAUGGCCAUUCAAUAAAUGCCACCGCAUAACAUUGCUUGACCAACAAACUAGCGAUGUCUGCCACCGAGAAAAGGUGAUCGAUCCCAUGACAUUGGACGACAGUCUGGUUGACUAUUGUUUCAAUAAACCAGGUAGUCGGGAUCAGUCAGCAGUAACUGACGAGUUAAUUACACGUCGUAAACAACAUGCCAUGCUGUGUGUCCCACAUGCUGUCCUUUACAGAGGCAACUACGUGAAAAAUGACACAAUCAUCAUCGAUGUUCAAAUCGACGAUUAAUACAUUGUAGUGUGGCAUUUAUUGAUAACGUACGGAAUAAGGUGUUUCAAUGAAUUCCUACAGUGAUCUUUUACACAAAGAGAUGUAAUUUCAAAAUUUGGCAUUUCAGAAUUUGUCCACAUUGUAUGUAGACAAGUGCUGUGACUGCCCAUCUACGUUUGAAGCCCUCUUGAUCUGACAAUUCAAGGCAAUUUAGCAGGAGGCA